UGGGGCAUGCCACUCGCAAUAGCAGCAAAUUUGCAUAUACCGUAUAAAAUUUUUUUUUGCGAGGACAUACGUGACAUGCAUGCGCUGGAUAAAAUUGGUCAUGCUAUCAUCGUCACAGCGGAUAUGAAUGAUGCCUUUUUUUUUCAUCUACUGACACAGCUGGCCGGCCUGCAGCACACGAAAGUGCUGCUCAUCUUUUUUUUUGCCACCUCCUUUAACGCCGAGAAUAAUUUUUACAAGAAUUUGGCGCGAGCGGAUGUUAAGCCAACCGAUUCAGCUGAUUCAUUUUUUUUUCGUCCAUUGUUGAUAUUAGAGCAACAUGAAAUCAAUUCCAAUACUUACAUUUUUUUUUUUAUACAACCGGGCUACGACGAAUGGUUGUUGGUGAGUACGGCACAGCUUUGGCAAUGCGGCGCCAUCUGUUGGACAGUUGGAGCGAUUUGCAUUGGAUUGCUUUUGAUUAUUGUGGCUGCGAGCGUCGCUGCCGGCAUAGCAAUGAGAAAUUACUUUUUGCGUAAUUUUUUUUUAAAAGGACCAAAUAAAAUUGUGCUUUCCGCGGAUGACUUUGUAUUUCCAGUUGACUCGCGUAGGGUCGAUGAAGGCAUUGAGGCCAUGCUCUGCUGCUGGCUUUUUUUUUUUCAAGAAUUCGGUGGACCCGAAGUGGAUAAGCCUGACUUACUGAAAGGAUUUUUUUUUUCGUUGAAAAAUCUUGGCUUAAUCAUACCAGGCGGUGGUACGGCCACCGCUAUUUUUUUUUGUGCAACAACUGCCAACGGUGGCAAAGGUACAUCGGGCACAAAUAGUUUGGUUUUUUUUUAUCCCGCACUAUUAGAUAUGCGCGCACGGUACAAUGGCGAUUUGGUGCAAUUUUUUUUUUUACCCUUGAAUGGAUCGACCGAGUUAAAGGCCAAGGCAAUGGAUUUGUUGGUUUUUUUUUAUGGAAUGCGGCAUGAGAACAUUAACCCCUUAAUUGGUUGGUUUUUUUUUCCGAACCGCACCGCCAUGGUGUUCGAUUACUGUUCACGCGGUUCACUGCAAUUUUUUUUUAUAAUGGAUGAAAUCAAAUUGGAUUGGAGUUUUCGUCUCAGUUUGUUAACGUUUUUUUUUCGCGGCAUGCGCUACUUGCAUGCCUCACCGGUGCGCGUGCAUGGCACAUUAUUUUUUUUUAAUUGUGUUGUGGACGCGCGUUGGGUACUGAAAAUAACCGAUUAUGGGCUGUUUUUUUUUUAUGAAGCGCAGAGUCUUCUACCACCCACACGCACCGCCAAAGAAUUGCUAUUUUUUUUUCCGGAAUUGUUGCGUUCAAUGAAAACUCAUCAUCAUCACCAUGGACGCGUAUUUUUUUUUCAAAUGGGUGACGUAUACUCAUUCGGUAUCAUCAUGCAGGAGGUGGUGGUAUUUUUUUUUCCAUACUGUAUGCUGUCACUAUCACCGGACGAGAUAAUAGCGAAGAUUAAAUUUUUUUUUCCACUGAUACGGCCAUCGGUAUCGAAGGGUGCAGCACCGCCGGAGGCUAUCUUUUUUUUUCGUCAAUGCUGGGCUGAGCAGCCGGACAUGCGGCCAGACUUUAACUCCGUUUACGAGCGCUUUAAAAUGCUCAACCACGGCCGUAAGGUCAAUUUCGUCGAUACAAUGUUCCAAAUGCUCGAAAAGUAUUCGAAUAAUUUUUUUUUUUUGAUACGUGAACGAACGGAUCAAUUGGAUAUUGAACGGAAGAAAACGGAGCAGCUAUUAAAUCGCAUGCUGCCGAGUUCGGUGGCGGAAAAAUUAAAAAUGGGCUUAGCUGUUUUUUUUUAAGAAUUCUCCGAUGUUACAAUUUAUUUUAGCGAUAUCGUUGGUUUUACAAUUUUUUUUUCACACUGUAGCCCCGUACAGGUUGUGGAUCUGCUUAACGAUCUUUAUACAAUUUUUUUUUCUACGAUCAAUGCGUACAAUGUCUAUAAGGUGGAAACCAUUGGUUUUUUUUUUAUGGUGGUUAGUGGUUUGCCAGUGAAAAUACCCGAUCAUGCGGAGCAAAUAUUUUUUUUUGCUUUGGAUUUACUACAUCAAAGUGGGCGCUUUAAUGUCAAACAUUUACCAUUUUUUUUUUUGCAGCUACGUAUAGGAUUACACACUGGUCCCUGUUGUGCUGGUGUGGUGUUUUUUUUUAUGCCUCGGUAUUGCCUCUUCGGUGACACCGUGAAUACCGCAUCGCGUAUGUUUUUUUUUGGCUCCUCGUGGCGCAUACACAUGUCGCAGGAGACGCGUUUUUUUUUGGAUGCACGUGGUGGUUAUACGAUAGACCAGCGUGGCCUGAUUGAGAUAAAUUUUUUUUUCAUGAUGAACACAUUUUGGUUGUUGGGAAAGAAGGGCUUUGAUAAACCACUUUUUUUUUUGCCGCCGAUAGGCCUUGAUGAGUCACUCAUUUUUUUUUUAAUCACGCUCAAGGCGCAAGCCAACAAAUCACGCAACAGCACAAAUCCCUCCUCGAGUCAGUCUUCCUCGUUGGCCGGCGAAUCGGUCGAAGUCAAAGUGGAGAUCACCCCUUUUUUUUUUGCGGACGUUUGUUCAUCAAACUUACCCAACUCCUACUCGCUUGAUUCCACUUUUUUUUUCACCAUCAGCCCGAAUGUCACACUCUGUCCUGAUUUUCCCGCGAAAACACCUUUUUUUUUUCCGCAAUCGAGAAAAAUGUCUGAGCUCUCACCGGAGAACUUGCUCACACCUUUUUUUUUUAAUCGUUUACCUAGCUCAGCAGGUGGCUCCUCAUCACGUCUUUAUAAAAAUUUUUUUUUAAUGAUGGAUCUCAGUUCACCUUACAACCACUACAAAUGCCUCAGCCCCAGUUUUUUUUUUCUGACACAGUUCUAUGAUGGCAAAUAUCUUUAUAGCGGUGUAGGGGGUGCUUUUUUUUUUAUCGGUGGUGGUACAGGCUCUGGCGGUGGUAGCGUACACAGCAGUAGCGUUUUUUUUUUUUCGAAGCCUGGCUCAAGUCGCCUAUUACGCCGUCAAUUUAGUCUCGACCGUUUUUUUUUACAAAACAAAACGGAACAUCACUAUCAUCAUCAGCACCAUCAAAGUUCAUUUUUUUUUUUAUAUGCAAUGACGAUCUCCAAUAAAUCCUCCAUGUUGGAUAUACCUAUAUUUUUUUUUUUCUCGCGCAGUCCGAAGGGUACACUCACACGGGCACACAAGCAAAAUUCCACUUUUUUUUUACAAGAUCUAGAGAAAAUCGAAGAGAUACCACUAUCGCCGGCGUCGUCGCAUUUUUUUUUCAGCUUGGAUAGCAAUUUGAACCGUAGUCCACCUUCUACGGUGGAGGCGCAUUUUUUUUUUACAACGGGCGCGUUGUUGUCGGCGCCAACCUCGCCAGCGCCUUCGCGCACUUUUUUUUUCAUCGGUCACAAUGUUGUCGGCAGUGGUGCCGCGAUAAUGGAAAGUCCCACUUUUUUUUUCUCAACGGCGACUACAACUGCUUCGGUGAAUUCGAAUAACACCACCCCUGGUUUUUUUUUCGUGACUCGACGUAAUGAGCUUACGUUAAAUGUAGAGGCUUUACUUGGCAGUUUUUUUUUGGUUUAA